UAGUAGGCUUUCAAAGUCUCAUCAGUCAACAUAUUCUCAAAACAAGUCAUACUUUUACAAAAUAUAACUCUCCUAUUUUCCUUCCAAGAAAACUCCAAUUCAAUGGCAUCAUCCUUCUCUUCUCCAUCUUCUUCCAAGAAGGUUGUCCUUCAGUCUUCCAAUAAGGAGUUUUUCUCAGUCGACGAAAACUCAGCAAGGCUUUCUCAAACCCUCAAGCACAUAAUCGAGGACCUCGAGAUUGGCGAUAGCAAUAAUUUCAUUCCAGUUCCUAAUGUCGACGCUAAAAUUCUCUCUAAGGUUAUCGAGUACUGUAACAAGCACGUUGUUCCCGUUAGCCCUGAAUUCAAGACCACUGAAGAUGAAAUCAAGCAAUGGGAUAAGGACUUCCUGAAAGUUGACCAAGACACCCUCAUUCAACUAAUUCUUGCUUCAAACUACUUGGGCAUAAAGGGUUUACUAGAUUUGACUUGCCAAGCCAUUGCUGAUAUCAUGCAGUCCAAAACUGCUGAAGAGGUAAGGAAGAUGUUCAACAUCGUCAAUGAUUUUACUUCUGAAGAAGAAGCUGAAAUUCAAAGGGAAAAUGAAUGGGCCUUUGAUGAUUAUGAGUAAGCUGAUAUUCAAACAACAAUUGCGAAGAAACUGAAAGAAAGAAAUAUGAUUAGAUGAUGUUGUUAAUUACUCCAUACAAUUUUAGUUACUGAACUCUUCCUUAAUGAGUUGAAGAAGGAUAUGAUUUGAUGUAUUUCUGAAUAAUUGACAUUUGUCUUGCAUUUUUUUUGUAUUUUAA